UCCAUCCAGUAAGAGUGGCUAAAUAUGGCUCAGCAAUAUAAGCUUCCUUUCGAGCUGGACAACCCUGACUUGCUCCACUUUGAUUCCUACGUCGGGAACGCUUGGGUUACAGCAAAAAGCGGUGCGCGAUUCGAAGUCGUCGACCCUGGUACCGAUCUCCCCUGGGCAAGUUGCCCUACAAACUCUGCUGAAGACGUCGAUUCCGCCGUCCAGAUCGCGCACGACGCCUUUGAGAAGUUUAAGAAGGUCAACCCCCGCCAACGUGCCCAGUGGCUGUUGAAAUGGGACUCGCUCAUCCGUGAGGCCAGAUCCGACCUGGCGAAGAUCCUCACCCAUGAAACAGGCAAGCCAAUCGCCGAAUCCUAUGGCGAGAUCGACUACGCGACCGGUUUCACCUGGUGGUUUGCGGGUGAGGCAGAACGUAUACAAGGGUCAAUCGCCGUGCCUGCCGCGCCUAACCGGCGCGUCUUCACUGUCAAGCAACCGAUCGGUGUCGCUGCUGCCCUUGUGCCGUGGAAUUUCCCUAUUGCUAUGGUGUUACGGAAGGCCGGUGCAGCUCUCGCUGCCGGUUGCACGAUGAUUGUCAAGCCCAGUCCCGAGACUCCCCUCACAGCCUUGGUAUUAGCGCACCUAGCGGAGAAGGCAGGCUUCCCCGCCGGAGUGUUCAAUGUGCUUACGACGGAUCUGGAAAACACGCCGCCGCUAAGCGAAGCGCUGUGCAAGCACCCGCUCGUGAAGAAGGUUACGUUCACUGGCUCAACUCGGGUUGGCAAGCUGAUUGCCUCUCACUGUGCACACGGGUUGAAGAAGGUCACAUUGGAACUGGGCGGAAAUUGUCCAUUCCUUGUGUUUGACGACGCGGACCUUGACCAAGCGCUGGACCAGCUGAUGGCUCUCAAAUGGCGCCACGCUGGUCAGGCUUGUAUUACUGCAAACCGGAUUUACGUGCAGGCUGGAAUCUACGACAAAUUCGCGCAGCUGCUCAAGGAGCGCACGGCCAAAUUGGUGAUCGGCCAUGGUGCUAAAGAAGGCACGACUCUGGGACCGCUCACGACCCCGCGCAGUAUCGACAAGGCCAUUAGCCAAGUCGAAGACGCGCGACGGCUGGGCGCAGACGUGAUUCUUGGCGGGAGCCGUGUCCAAGGAACACAGGGUUACUUCUUCGAGCCGACAAUCUUAAAAAACAUGACCAAGGACAUGUUGGUGUCGCGCGAGGAGUCCUUUGCUCCGAUCGCUGCUCUCUAUCGCUUUGAGACUGAGGAAGAAGCCGUCAAGCUGGCGAACGACACCAGCAUGGGCCUGGCUAGUUAUGCGUUCUCGAAGAACAUUGACCGUAUGUGGCGACUGCUGGAGAACUUGGAAGCGGGCAUGAUCGGCAUGAACACAGGAAACUCGUCUGCGGCUGAGUCGCCGUUUGGAGGAAUCAAGGAAUCGGGUUAUGGAAAGGAGAGCGGAAAGGAAGUUGCCGUGAAUGAGUACCUGAUUACCAAGACAGGUACUCUAACGAUUGAUGGGCAGUACUAG